AAUGCCCUUCGUAUUAAUAUUUUUAGAAUUUUAAUGACCACUUGAGGGUUUAAAAAUCAAAUUAAUUCCUUUAUCUUUAACGAGUAAAAAAAAAAACACAGUAAGCCAGUGCUUAUAUAUAUCGUCAUUGUCCUUUCUCUCAGCAAAACCAAACCUUUCUUUACCAGUAAAGUUUGAUAUAUAGAGAGAUGGCGAAGAUCGCCUUAGGAUCUAGGCGGGAGGCCACCCAGCCCGACUGCAUCAAAGCCCUUAUCGUCGAGUUUAUUACAACCUUCCUCUUUGUCUUUGCCGGAGUUGGAUCAGCCAUGGCUGCUGAUAAACUAGUGGGAGGUCCUCUAGUGGGCUUGUUUUUUGUGGCUGUGGCCCAUGCACUUGUUGUGGCCGUCAUGAUAUCGGCCGGCCACAUCUCCGGCGGCCAUCUCAACCCAGCAGUUACUCUUGGCCUCCUUUUUGGCGGUCACAUCACCCUCGUCCGAUCUAUUCUUUACUGGAUUGACCAAUUAUUAGCAUCUUCAGCUGCUUGUCUCCUUCUCAACUACCUCACAGGAGGCUUAGCCACUCCGGUACAUACACUAGCAAGUGGGGUAGGGUACCUUCAAGGUGUGGUAUGGGAGAUUAUAUUGACAUUUUCCUUGCUGUUCACUGUCUAUGCCACUAUUGUGGACCCCAAGAAGGGUGCCAUUGAUGGGCUGGGCCCAACACUGACUGGGUUCGUAGUUGGGGCUAAUAUCUUAGCUGGUGGAGCAUUUUCUGGAGCAUCCAUGAACCCAGCCCGAUCAUUUGGGCCAGCUUUGGUGAGCUGGGACUGGACUGACCACUGGGUUUACUGGGUUGGACCCCUUAUUGGUGGUGGGCUUGCUGGGUUCAUCUAUGAAAAUUUCUUCAUCAUAAGAUCUCAUAUUCCAAUCCCAAUCGUUGAAGAAAAUUACUGAAGUACUAGCAUCGUCUUGCACUUGUUGCCCACCAACUCUUUUUCAAUCUAUUACAUCCUUGUGUAUCCGUUUGACAUGUCAUAUGUUUUUGACAUUUUGUUAGAUGUACUUAGUGUGUUUAGUUUGAUAAAUUAUAUGUAUUAAUCAAUAAUUUUGAAUGUUAUGUCUUAUUAGAUUUUCCAUUUUUA